AUGAAACAAAUUAGAGACCCUUUCCACCACCCUGGUUUCAUGGUUGAAACAACACUUGUUCAAAUGGGUAGGGAAGAAAGCAGUGAUCAAAUAGUCAUCCAUUCCUCCAUUGCAUUGCUGCAAGAGAGGUUUAGGCAACUGCAGAGAGUGAAGGACAUGAGACAGGGAAGAGAUCUUGUGAGAACACUACCGGAUCAAAAUGAGCCAUCCAAGUUGUUUUUCAGAUCAGAAUUGUUGAACCCCCCACCUAGGUCACCUCGCCAAAUUUCUGUGUCUCUCUGUCCAAACUCACAAAUCAAGAACAACAAUUUCCCGGACAUUGAGACACCAGACCUGAUGAAAUCUUGGCUCUCUGACAAGUCCUUUGCUCGUGCUCCGCCAAUCAAAUUCAAUGACUCUAACUCUGAUGUUGAUACUUCUCUUCAUUUGUAG